CAGAAAUGAAGUUGAUGGAAUGUGAACACGACCUCGGGGGCUGCUAGCUAGCCUAUAUAAAGCCCGAAUUACGGGGCAAAGAAACAUUUGAGAGCUUAUUGAAAGCGGGGUUGAGUCUCUGUUCCUCGGUGUUUCAACAUGGGGAAGUUUGACGAGCGUGCUUUGCUCUUUCUUGCCAUUUGCGUGCUUGCUGUUCACACACCAGCCGAAGCCUGGUACAAACAAGCAGCCGGACCCAGUUAUUAUUCAGUCGGUAGAGCAUCGGGUCUGCUAUCAGGAAUCCGGAGAUCAGCGAUCAGAAGAGAUGAAGCGGAAACACGCGACAGCGGAGAGACCACCGAAAAUAACGCGGUCAUACAGAUAAACUCACGCAACUUCGCUCUGAAAAAGAUGCAAUCCCCGAGAACAAACCAUCAGGCGUUGUCUCUGUGCGCCCCUUCAGAAAGUUCAGAGCUGUUCUUUCAGCACCACGCUGGAACAAACUGCGCAUGCGCAAACAGAUUACCAGCCCAGAUUGCGCAAACUGGCUCGUGCGAAUUUAGCCUAUUUGUGUGAAGGACGUUUUGCCGGAGCUGCAAAGCUGCGAACUGAUGCGGGACUCCACGUUCCGGUGCGAGGCGGUCGUCAUUAUCACCCUCGAUUCCAGGAACUGUUUGAACGCAUAAGGAUCACCUCUGUUUCCGGACUGAACAAAAUACAAGCACAAACAAAAUACGUGUGGCAUUAAAGUGUGUCAAGUCAGUAGGCUAUACAGUUUGCGAGUGCAGUAUGAGACUGGAUUGCCUUACUGUAUUAGCCUAGGAGAUCACACAGGGAAAAUGAAAACCACAUAAAUCCUAGAGCAUCUCUAAGAACAGCACUUUUCCCCCAUUGUGGCAGUAAUUUACUCGUGUGUGUGUGUGAGAGUGUACGCGUACGUGUGCACGCAUACAGCUGUUAAUUUAGAACUAUGUCAAAUAUGUAUGGAAUAAAAAGCACAUU